UUCGCUUUUCUUUCUGUUUUUGUUUCAAAAUCAUAGGACUCCUCUUAACUUCUAAGUCUUAACUACUUUCAUGUUUUCUGUUCACGCUUAACUUUUUCACAUCUGGGUUCUACUUGUUUCUUCAUUUUUCUUUGCUUCUCUUGUAUGAUUUCUUUUAAUGGGUAGUUGCAGAAACUGAUGUCAAACUCGGUAUCUCCCAGCAGAAAAAGAGGGGGGAAAUUUUUCUGGGUUUCCAACUUGAGAGAGUUUUAAGUUUAUUUGGAAUGUUUGGGCUGAUGGGUUCUUUUUCUUGUUUUGGGAUUCUGUAAGAAGCUUCUGUUCAUAUAGUGAUAGAUUGCAGAGAAUCGCAAACAUGAUGGGAUCAUUCGGCUCGUUUCAGCUUCUCUUGGUUACUUGGGGUGUUCUUUUUGGCUUCUCUGAUUCUUUUGUGACUAAUGAAGUUCGGGCUCUUACGGCCUUCAGGGAAGCUAUUUAUGAGGACCCUUCAUCUGUUUUAUCAAAUUGGAAUGCGCUCGAUGCUGAUCCUUGCAACUGGUCCGGCAUUUCUUGUUCACUGGGUCGAGAUCAUGUUAUCAAGCUAAACCUCUCUUCUUGUUCUCUAAGGGGAUUUCUUGCACCAAAUUUGGGGUCCCUCUUCUCCCUGCAAGAAUUAAUCCUGCACAAAAAUAGUCUCAUUGGGACGAUACCAAAAGAAAUUGGCAUGUUAAAAAACCUAAAGGUCUUGGAUCUGGGAAUGAAUCAACUUACUGGGCCCAUUCCCCCAGAGAUUGGAAAUUUGAACAGUGUAAUGAAAAUAAACCUUCAAUCGAAUGGAUUGUCCGGCAGUGUUCCUCCUGAGCUUGGAAAUUUGAGUAACCUUGUGGAACUGCGCUUGGAUAGGAACAGGCUUCAAGGAACUGUUCCUGGCAGCAACAACUCAAGCUCUGCAUCUAACAUGCAAGAGAUGUAUGCAUCACAUGGAAAUGCAACUGGCUUCUGCCGCACAUCUCAGUUAAGGAAUGCAGAUUUCUCAUACAACUUUUUCGUUGGAAGAAUACCCCGGUGCCUGAAUUAUCUCCCCAGAACAAGUUUCCAAGGUAACUGCUUCCAAGAUAAAGAAUCCAAACAGCGUCCUUCUAUGCGAUGUGGUGCUUCUCCAGUAACUUCAUCUACAAAAAGCCAUCCAGGAGCAUACCCGAAGCACCGACAGGCUGAAAAUGGCCAUAAACAUCAUGAGGCAUCAAAACCCGUGUGGCUAUUGGCUCUAGAAAUUGUAACAGGGACAGUUGCGGGCUUCCUCUUGCUUAUUGCUGCUUUUGCUGCUGCUAAAAGAUGCAAUGCGCAAUCUUCUGAUAUAAUUCCAUGGAAGAAAAAUGUAAACAGGAAGGACCACAAGGACCAUCUGAUUAUAUACAUGGAACCCGAAAAGCUGAAGGAUGUAGUAAGGUUUAGCAGACAGGAACUUGAAGUAGCCUGUGAGGAUUUCAGCAACAUUAUAGGCUCCUCCCCGGACAGUUUAGUGUACAAAGGCACCAUGAAGGGCGGACCAGAGAUUGCUGUGAUAUCACUUUGCAUAAAGGAGGAGUACUGGACUGGCUAUCUUGAGCUUUACUUUCAAAGAGAGGUGGCAGAUUUGGCAAGAUUAAAUCAUGAGAACACCGGAAAAUUACUGGGUUGUUGCAGGGAGGCCAACCCGUUUUCCAGGAUGCUGGUCUUUGAAUAUGCAUCAAAUGGGACACUCUAUGAGCAUCUCCACUAUGGGGAAGGAUGUCAAUUAUCUUGGAGCCGACGCAUGAAAAUUAUUUUAGGCAUUGCUCGUGGUCUAAGAUAUCUUCAUACAGAACUUGAGCCUCCAUUCACUAUAUCCGAACUAAGUUCAAAUGCUGUAUAUCUUACAGAGGAAUUUUUCCCCAAGCUUGUUGAUUUUGAAAGCUGGAAAACAGUUCUGGCAAGAUCAGAAAAGAACUCAGGUUCCAUUGGUAAUGGAGGCACAUUAUGUAGUUUUCAAGAAUCUCUAGAUGAGCGCCAUUUGGAUGUCCAAGGGAAUUUAUUUGCCUUUGGAGUACUCUUACUAGAAAUAAUCAGUGGGAGACCUCCAUACUGCAAAGACAGAGGAUGCUUAGUAGAUUGGGUAAGAAACCACUUUAGAUUUGGGUUUUUGUUCAAAUUCUUCCUUUACAAUACCCCAUAUAGUAUGGUUAGCCUAUGCAUUUCUGAAACAACAUUUCUUGUCUACCUGGUCCAGGCUAAGGAGUAUGUAGAUAUGCCAGAAAUAAUGUCUUAUCUAGUGGAUCCAGAGUUGAGACAUUUCAGAUAUGAUGACCUAAAAGUAAUCUGUGAGGUGGUGAGCCUAUGCAUUCAGUCUGAUUCUGCUAAGCGACCAUCGAUGAAAGAGCUGUGCCCCAUGUUAGACAGUAGAAUCGACGUUUCAGUAUCUGCUGAUCUUAAAGAGUGUCCUUUGGCAUGGGCUGAGCUUGCUUUAUCUUCAUAGUCACAUUGAAGAUGCAGAAUGUAAAUCAGAAAUACACAUCUGUAUUACUUACAUUUUUUUUUUCUUUUAGGAAAGAUUGCAUGCUGAAGAAAAUAUAGAGCUUCAUGCACUGCAAAUGCCAUUAUAUUUGUGUAUACUACUAAUGUGGAAAGUUGAGAGAUCACUAAUGAAUUUAAUGGAUCUGUUACAUUUGCCUCUCUUCUAAUGGAUCUGAUUUUGGCC